CUCACCUUUUUAUAUUUGCUGUCAACAAUCACUCCCGCUCCUUAUUCUUGUCUCUUUACUUCUACUUUCCCCUUUCCCCCAACUUCACCCCACCCAUCCACCGUCUUUUCCUGCACUCCCGCCUCCAUUUUCAAACUCCACCCCAUACCAAACACAGCGCGUCAUCGAAAAUGAGAGUGGCAAGGUCCACAAAUUUGUUGCCCGUCACUACUUUUCUCAUAUCCUCAGUUUUCCUUUCCAUCGUUCUUCCUACUCGUACUGCCGCUUCUCCCUCACCCGCUGUGGACAAGAGAUUGGAGUUUUUGUUAGCGAGGCAUGAUGGAGAGGAUGAUAGUAUGGACAUGGAUGUGGAUGAAGUGAAUGCUUCCACGGAGGAUACGCCGGCCGUCGACGACGCUAUGGCCUCGGCCAGCAUCAGUUCGGCCAUCACUUCCUCCUCUGAAGCCUCUACCCCUAAUUCCUCUGCGCCUUCGCAUGAACACUCUCAUGAGUCUCAUGGAGCGGAGAAGGCACCUGAUCCCCAUUCCCAUUCCCACAGUGCUGCUCUCGAAAUCCUCAAUGAUACCGACAUUCACCGAUGGCAUCAGUUUCCGCCAACAUAUCUCGACGCAGACUUCCGACUUGAUGCUGAUUCAGCAAUUUUUGGUGAGGAGUUCGAUGACUCCUGGAAUCUUGAGGAGGUUGAGAGCCAUAAGGGCCUCGCACUUGUUCAUGCGUUUUUAAUGGGCUUGGCAUAUUUUGGGGUGUUGCCCGUAGCGCUUGCUCUUCGAGCAGCCGAUCACCCUGCUCACUACCUCGCCAGCAUCGCCUCUCUCACCAUCGCUGUCCUUGGUUGGCUAGCUGGUGCCGCGUACAAUGCUGCCACUCCCAAUUACUAUGAAGGCGCUAUCUACCCGAAAUUUGUCAACAUCCUUCUUUUGACCUCGAUCUGUUUCACCGUUUUCGACUCUCUCGAACUCAUCAAGAGAGGUAUUGCUUUCUACAGACGUCAUGACCGGACUUGGAAGGGUUUCUACAAUGAUGUCCUCCGCUCUCCUGGAUCCAUCUCCGACGAGAAGUGGCCUGCCACUAGAUAUGAAAUGGUUGGACUAACCGAUAUUGAUAGUGAUGAGGAGAUAGGACGUGACAGGGAUCGAGACGAUCAUAUCAUGUUUGCUAUCGGCGACAAUGAGGACAAUGAGCAUCAUGUUGCCGAGCCGGAGCACAUGGAUAGUACGGGCGAAAUUCACCACACUCAUGAAUCCCAGGGUUUUGAUGAGCACGAAAUCGCUCGCAGUCUUUUGAAGGGCAGCAAACCUCGCCGUCCUUCAAUUGUCAUCCGUCAAUUCAGCUCCCCAUCUCGCACUUCUACUGGCUCUGAGGGCACUCUUCAGGAUACCCCUCAUAGUUCAUCUUCCUCUUCUCGCGGUUUUCCCCACAAAGCUUCUCAGCUUGGUGCCUACGAUGCUCAUUCGUCUCACCGCGAAGAUCGCCAUGAUGCCAUGCGAGCCCACAGUGAUGAGCAAAAUAACAGGAUUUGGAGGAGUGCUCAGGCCAAGGGGCCUUUGAGGGCGUUGGAGGUUGUUUUGACGUGGGUUAGGAGAACUCAAAUCAUUUUUGCAUACGUCACUAUGCUUGCCGGGAUUGUCACGUACACCGGCAUGUGUCGAGCAGGUCUUAUCAACAGUUGUGCAGCCCAUUACAUUAAAGGAAGCAUCUUCUUCUGGUACGGUGUUCUCACUUUUGCUCGAUACCUCGGUGCCUACGCCGAUUUGGGCUGGGCUUGGAACCGCCGCCCCUCUCAAAACAGCGUCUCUGCUGAGAUGGUCGAGUGUGCUGUCAUUUUCACUUACGGUAUCACCAACACUUGGAUGGAAAGGUUUGGUGCUGCUCCUGGAUCCCCAUACACUGUCAAGCAAGUCCAACACAUUUCUAUUGCGGUCAUGUUUUGGUUCGCUGGUCUUUCUGGGAUGUUUCUUGAAUCCCGAUGGGUCAGAAGAGUCCUUGCCUCAGUCAUGUCCACCGGAAGGAGCUCUACUGAAGAGCCUGCCACCUAUGCCUUUAGUUUUAACCCUCUUCCUGCACUCACCAUCGGUGUAACUGGUCUUGCCAUGGCCGCUCAUCAUCAGACAUAUGUUUUUCAGGUGCAGAUUCACUCUUUGUGGGGUAUCCUUCUCGCCGGUGGCUCCCUCUUCAGGUGCCUCACCUACAUAUUCCUCCAUGUUUCUCCUCCUGUUCACUCCGCUUUGCCCUCUAGGCCACCUACAGAAAUUCUCACAUCUUUCGGCUGGGCUGCCGGUGGUAUUGUUUUCAUGCUCUCUAAUGAGGAGAUUUGUUGGUCCGCCAUGCGUGCCGGCUGGGACGACAUGAUGGCUUUCCUGAAUUUUACCAUCGCACUCACGUGUUUCGUGUUCUGCUGGGCUGUUGUCAUCAUGGCAAUCAAAGGUUGGGCCACUAUGAGAAUAAGGAAGGAAGAAGAGAGGCAAGAAGGUGUAUCUGUUUAAAUACGGGAUAACAGUAGAUGUGUCUAUAGUAGCCUUGGAAUAAUUAUAAUUUACGAAGAUGUCAUUAUUAAUACGAUC